UCCCAUCAAACUGUCUAGAUCAUCUCCAAUCAAGACAACCAUUUAUCCUGAACUUUUGACAGUCUCUGUCACCAACAUGCUCUUGUUCCUCUUCAUGUUUGGUGUGACUCUGGGUGCUGUGUCUCCUUUAGAUGAAGUGAAGCUACAGCGUGGCAGCUGUCCCAUGUUCUGGUUCAGCUUCAGUGGCCGCUGCUACAAGUACAUCUCCACAUGUGUGACCUGGGCUGAUGCAGAGCUUUACUGUGUGUCACAGAAAGCCAACCUGGUGUCCAUCCACACUCUGGAGGAACAUCAUUUUGUUAAGGAAUUGAUCAGGAACUCUGACCACUCUGAGAGACCCACCUGGAUUGGACUCAGUGACAUCCACAAAGAAGGCAAAUGGAUGUGGUCUGAUGGUUCUGCAGUAGACUUUGUAUUUUGGAAUACUAAUGAGCCAAACAACAAUGGAGGACAUGAAAACUGUGUACAGAACAAUUAUGAUACAGCUCAGAAAUGGAAUGAUGCACGAUGUUCUGAUAAUUUACCCUCUGUUUGUGCAUAUCGUAUCACCUGUCCUUAGCAACUGAGAGUUACAUAUGUCUCAUUCUAGCUGGCAUCGUUCACGACAUAGGAGGGCAUGAAACAAAUUGACAUUAUUAAUAUUGAAUGCAUAAAC